CAGCCCGAGAAAGGAAGCACGACUCGCUUAUCGCGUCAUUCUGGGGUCGAGGCGUUGAGCAGGAAACAGCCUUUUCCUCUCGGAUUGUCGCAGUGGGAACGAACGCGCGAUUUUUGUCAUUGCUCAAUGCACCCCUCGGCACAGAACACGCGGAAGCCGGUCAGGAGGAAAAAUGCCUCCUUCGAUAGCGAUCGCUGCCCUGCUGCUCGGCGCCCUGGCUUUGGAGACGCGCCGGAGCGCCAGCGCGCUGCGCGUCCAACAGGCGUUCGCGUCUCCAAAUCGGACCAAUAACUUCGCGGUGGACCCCGUGUCGCGCACGGUCUACCUGGCCGCCGUCAACGCCGUCUACCAGCUGAACGGCACCCUGGCCGUGGAGGCGGAGGAGAGGACCGGCCCGGUGGAGGACAACCUGUUGUGCCACGCGCCCCAGCUGCCCCAGGCGCCGUGCGAGCACCCCAAGUCCCUCACCGACAACCACAACAAGCUGCUGAAGCUGGACCGGGAGCAGGGGGUGGUGCUGGUCUGCGGCUCCGUGUACCAGGGCUUCUGCGAGCUCCGGAAGAUGGGGAACAUUUCGGAGAUAGCGGUGGAGUUCCCGCACCAGGGCGAGAAGACGGUUUUCCCCAGCAUGCUCAACGUCGCCGCCAACCACCCCAACGCGUCCACGGUGGGGCUCAUCUUCAAGAGCCACGGGGGGAGCACGCGGCUCCUCGUCGGGGCCACUUACACGGGGGCCGGCACCCAGUUUUUCCCCAAGAACCACAGCAAGGAGGACCUGCGCUUCGAAAACACCCCGGAGAUCGCCAUCCGCUCCCUGAACGUCAAGGACUUGUCCCGGCUGUUCACCUAUGACAUCAACCCGUCGGAGGACAACGUGUUCAAGAUCAAACAGGACGUGAAGACCAAAAACAAGCUCAACUUCGUCCACGCGUUCAUGCUGAAGACCUACUCCUACAUCGCCUUCAACAACGACGCCAAGAUGGGCCACAAGGAGAGCCAGCCCAACAGCGUCCUCGCCCGCAUCUGCCUGGACACCGAGAACCCGCGAAAGCCCAGCGGGCCGGAGAGCAGGAAGCUCACGGAGUCCUACAUCCAGAUGCCGCUGCAGUGCGGAUCCAGCGGCAACAUUUACAACCGGCUGCUGUCCGUGUACCCGGCGGAGAUCCGGGCGGCGGACGGGCGCAGCGCGGAGCCCUACCUGUUCGCGGUGUUCUCCAAGGCGGACAGGAAGUCCGCCCUGUGCGCCUUCAAGUUCGGAGACGUCGACGAGGAGAUCCGACAGGGGCGCCGCAGCUGCUCCAACUCGCCCAGCAGCGACGUGCAGGUGCUGGACAGCGUCAUCCAGGGCUCCGGGGCCGCCUGCGUGCAGAAGGGGAAACUGGUGUUGCAGCCCGACCAGCUGGACUGCGGCGCGGCCCACCUGCAGCACCCGCUGGCCCUGCGGCGGCCCCUGAGGGCCGUCCCGCUGGUGGAAUACACGGGUCUCAGUUCGGUGGCCGUGGACAACGUGCACAACCACACCGUGGUCUUUCUGGGAACCAGCAGCGGACGACUUCGCAAGCUCACCCUCCGGCCGGACAUGACCGUGGCCCACCAGUGGACGCUGAAGCUGCCCGCCGGCGAGGCCGUCCACCACAUCAUGACCUUCGACCCCAACGACAGCAACUUCCUCUACGUCAUGACUUCUCACCACAUGCUGAGGGUGAGGGUGGCGGACUGCGACCAGUGGCGGAGCUGCGGCGACUGUCUGGGAGCCGGCGACGCCCACUGCGGCUGGUGCACGCUGGAGAACCGAUGCACCAUCCAGAAGGAGUGCGCUCAGGGCCUGCAGGCCCGCUCCUGGGUCGGCAUGGGGGAAGGCCUGAAGCAGUGUCUCACCAUGACCCUGACGCCCCCGGAGAUCAGCAUCACCGCAGACAUCAAGAAUGUCGGCAUCCUGAUAAACGGCAGCGUUGCCGAUCUGGUCGGCUCCCGGGUGGAGUGCGAAUACGGCCCCGGUGUUUCCACGGCUGUCACGGUGCACCUGGGCUACGGCCCCGCCCAGAUCCAGACCUGCCCCCUGCUCCCGCGAGAAGACUACCGGCCGAUCCCGCCCGGCACAGAUCAUCUGUCCGUCUCCGUGGCGAUAAAAGUGAACGGCACGUCCGUGGUGUCCGGGAGCUUCGUCAUCUACGACUGCGAGAGGACCGGAGCCAUUCACCCCAAAACGCCAUGUGUGAGCUGCCUGAGCACCAAGUGGAAGUGCUACUGGGACCCCGACAACCACCUCUGCGUCUCCAGCAAGAACGAGUCAAACACCAACCUGCUCGAGAAUGCCGUUUCCUGUCCCAGCCUGGUGGCCUCGGAGGUUCCUCCGUCUCCGUCCCAAAUGGCCCAGGACUUCACCUUGUCCCUCCGCAACGUCCAGGAGGGGGAGGAGCUGCAGUGUGACUUUGGCACGACGGAGCAGCGCUACGAGGCCACGUGGCUGACCGCCUCCACCGUCAAGUGCAGCGGAGUAACGCUGUCCACCAAUCAGGAGAGCCAGGUCUUCCACCUCAGCCUGAGGAGGGGGGGACACUUCGGUGGGCCGACGCGGGACGUCUUUGUGGACAGCCCCCAGCCCAUGAGAGUGGAGGUGUACAACUGUGCGGUGGGCAGCUCGGACUGCUCCCAGUGUAGGGGCCGCGAGGACAAGGGCCACCUCUGCGGCUGGUGCGAAAACAGCUGCAGGCCGAGGGAUGACUGUCAGCCCGCCCCGGAUCAGUGCCCGGCCCCCCGAGUUUAUCAGAUCUCCCCCCUGAGCGGUCCGCUGGAAGGAGGAACCCUGCUGACAGUACACGGGAGGAACCUGGGCUGGAGGUCUGAAGUUGUAACGGUCUCCAUUGGCGAUGUGCCGUGUGACGUGCAGCUCUUCACCGUCUCUGUGGAGCUGGUGUGUCUCACUGGGCCGUCUGCGCGGGAGAGGACGGACGUGGUCCAGGUGGACGUGGACCAGAGUGGGACGGGGACGUCCAGGGACAGCUUCUCCUACUUAGUCCCGAAGCUGCUGUCCCUGGAGCCCACGAAGGGCCCUCGGGCCGGAGGCACCGUGGUCGUCAUCAGGGGGCAGAACCUGGACAUCGGCUCCCAGGUGGGAGUGCGAGUGGGAGCCAACGGCACGCUGGAGUGCGCCAUCACCGAUAAAACCGAGGAAACCAUUGAGUGCACGAUGCCUGCGGCCCUGCAGGCCCACGGCGACUCGGUGACGGUGUGCGUGGAGUUUGAAAACCUUCCGUGUCAAAGUGAGGAGCGCAGCGCCGUCUACACGUACGAGAAGAACCCCACCGUCAGCUUCAUCCACCCGAAGAAGAGCUACCUCAGCGGUGGCAGGACCAUCACAGUGACAGGCCGGGGUUUUGAUCUGGUGCAGAGCGUCACCAUGGAGGUGCUGGAAAUUGGAGAAAAACGCUGCGCCGUGGUCUCCUCCUCCACGAUCACCUGCCCGUCCCCGGCCUCCAGCCAGUCCCAGCAGACCUCGGUGCAGUUCUUCCUGAACGGGCUCCUCUACACCGGCGACCGACCCUUCGCCUACGACAGCGAGGAAGAGGAGGGGGAGCCACACAAAGGUCGCUUCCUGUUGGAGUACGUGGAGGACCCUCAGUUCUUCACCGCGAGCAAGGAGAAGCUGAUCAAGCACCACCCCGGGGAGCCGCUGACGCUCAUCAUCAACAAAGGGCCCAGCGACCUGGAGCUGGUGCCGGAGGAAUACUCCGUGAUGAUUGGCUCCCAUCCCUGUAACAUCAGCUUUCACAACGACCAGCUGUUCCACUGCACCAUCAGCGGGCUGCUGGGCCCCAACGAGGGGGAGCUGCCCGUCACAGUGCAAGUGGGGAACUUUCGUCACACCAUCGCCAAGGUGCAGCUCGGGGGCAGCGAGCUGGCCAUCGUGGUGUCCAUCGUGGUGUGCUGCGUGCUGCUGCUGCUGUGCACUGUGGCGCUCGUCGUGUACUGCACGAAGAGCCGCCGGGCGGAGCGCUACUGGCAGAAAACUCUGCUCCAAAUGGAGGAGAUGGAGUCCCAGAUCAGAGACGAGAUCCGAAAAGGCUUCGCCGAGCUGCAGACGGACAUGACGGACCUGACCAAGGAGCUGAAUCGCAGCCAGGGCAUCCCCUUUUUGGAGUACAAGCAGUUUGUCACGCGCACCUUCUUCCCCAAGAUGUGUUCCGAUUACGAGAGGAGUCUGGUGCAGCCCGCCUACAAGAACGACGGCCUGGGCCCGCGGGCGCUGCCGGAGACGCACCCGCUGCUGCAGGACUGGAAGGCCACCGACGCGACGCGGCCCAACGUGGAGGAGGGCAUCACCCUGUUCUCCACCCUGCUCAACAACAAGCACUUCCUGGUCACGUUCGUCCACGCCUUGGAGCAGCAGAAGGACUUCGCAGUGCGAGACAGAUGCAGCCUGGCGUCUCUGCUCACCAUCGCCCUCCAUGGCAAGCUGGAGUACUACACCAGCAUCAUGAAAGACCUGCUGGUGGACCUGAUCGACGCCUCGGCCUCCAAGAACCCCAAACUGAUGCUGCGCCGCACCGAGUCCGUGGUGGAGAAAAUGCUGACCAACUGGAUGUCCAUCUGCAUGUACAGCUACCUCAAGGAAACGGUGGGUGAGCCUUUCUUCCUGCUGCUGUGCGCCAUCAGGCAGCAGAUCAACAAGGGCUCCAUCGACGCCAUCACGGGGAAGGCCCGCUACACCCUCAACGAGGAGUGGCUGCUCCGCGAGAACAUCGAGGCCAAGCCGCAGAACAUGAGCGUGUCCUUCCAGGGCUGCGGCAUGGACUCGCUGCCGGUCAGGGUCAUGAACACUGACACGGUGUGCCAGGUGAAGGAAAAAAUCCUGGAAGCCUUUUAUAAGAACCUGCCAUUCUCCCAGUGGCCCAGAGCAGAGGAUGUCGACCUGGAGUGGUUUGACUCUGGCAGCAACAGCAAGCUUCUGCAGGACCUGGAUAACUCCUCAGUGAUGGAGGACGGCAGGAAGAAACUCAACACCGUCUUCCAUUACCAGAUCCCGGAGGGGGCAUCGCUGGCCAUGAGCAUGAAAGACAAGAGGGACAACACCCUGGGGAGAGUGAAAGAUCUGGAUACGGAGAAGUAUGUGCACUUGGUCCUGCCUCAUGAUGACCUGAUGGAGAACAAGAGGUCACACAGGCAGAGCCACCGCAAGAAGGUCCUGCCUGAAAUCUACCUGACGCGCCUGCUGUCUACUAAGGGGACUCUGCAGAAGUUCUUGGAUGACCUCUUCCAGGCCAUCCUCAGCAUCCCUCCGGAACGCCCCCCCCUGGCCAUCAAAUACUUCUUUGACUUCCUGGAGGAGCAGGCGGACAAGCGGGGCAUCACGGACCCGGACACGCUGCACAUCUGGAAAACCAACAGUUUGCCGCUGCGCUUCUGGGUGAACAUCCUGAAGAAUCCCCAGUUUGUGUUUGACAUCGAUAAGACGGAUCACAUGGACGCCUGUCUGUCCGUCAUUGCUCAGGCCUUCAUAGACGCCUGCUCCGUUUCUGACCUGCAGCUGGGAAAGGACUCCCCCACCAACAAGCUGCUGUACGCCAAGGAGAUCCCGGAGUAUAAGAAGAGAGUGCAGUGCUACUACCAGCAGAUCCAGGACAUGGCGCCGCUCAGCGAGCAGGAGAUGAACGCCCACCUGGCCGAGGAGUCCAGAAAGCACAGAAAUGAGUUCAACACCAACUUGGCCUUGACAGAAAUCUACAAAUACGCCAAGAGAUACAGACACCAGGUGGUGACGGCUCUGGAGUCCAACCCCACGGCACGUCGCACCCAGCUGCACCACAAGUUCGAGCAGGUCAUUGCCCUGGUGGAGGACAACAUCUACGAGUGCUGCAGCGAGGCCUGAACCCGGGCCGCUGUCCGCCGGCCAUCUCUUCCUCCUGCUGACGGCUGCCUCCCCCCCGCCCCCCCCUCCCCCCUCUUCCACCCCCACGAAGGAGUGAUCCUUCAUAAGUGUCAUUAUUACUCCCACAGACUCUAAGAGGCGCGGAGACACGAGGUGGUUCCCCCUCUGAUUUGGGAAUGACAAGUUAUUCUUUUUUUUUCUUCUUCCAAAUGUGUCUCCGUGACGUGGAAACGAACGGCAGUCGUGCUCGGCUGAGCUUCAGAGGGAAGGUGUAGAGCCCCGGUGAUGAGGCUUAUUCUGGAUGUCUUUGCAGUGACUGGGACCCACAGUAAGCCCUGGUGGCGAUCUUAACGCACUGAACCCUUUUCCCAAGGGAACGAGCCAAUGAUGCACUGUACUGUAUUAUAAUGUCCAUAGCAAUAUUUAUAGAUGUGUUCAAAUGCUUUUCAAGCGGCCCCUCCGUCAGGGGGAGUGAGACGGAACGGCUCCCCGAAGCCUGCAAUGUUCUCGGGUGUGCUUUGCGGGUUUGUGACGGGGUUGAGCAGUGGAGAGAAAUAUGAGUGGCUGGAGUUUAUGGAGUAUGUAAUGUAGUUCACUGGGAAGAGCUGCAUCAGAAUAGAGGUGUCGGAUCAGGGUGCUUGUAAACGGAUGAAUUUCUUGUUAGAUUCUGACCAAUUUAAAAGAGGGAAAUUUACAUUUAUGAGAAAAAAAAAAUGUGCGCUCAAUAUAAGGAGAGACUGUAUUUGUGAUGCCAAAUGAUUUGUCAGAGUUUGUGAAAUAAAUUACAGUAUUUAGGAUUUUUAUGUGUAUAA